AAAACGACAACUGACAACUGACAACCAACAACGGCAACAACAAAGCAGCCCAGUAAGCACAAUAGAUCUAACUGUAAAUUACAGUGCCUUCGAUUGAAACCCCUUGCCAAAAAAGCAACAGCACCGCAACAGCAUCAACACGAAGCAACAACUAACGUACAUAUUUCGCCAAGUGAAACACGCAGCACCUUUAGUAUGAAAUGAGGCGGACAUACAAUCGCAUCGCCAUCAAAGAUCGCACAAAUCGCAUACGGACCAGGACUAGGCAGAGGUUGCAGGCAGAAGAAGCAUCGGAAACGGAGACGGACUCGGGAUCGGAAGCAUGAAUAGCAACAAUCUGCAGCAGUGGUGGGAGAACUUUUACCGGCGCCGCCAUCACCUGGAAACUAGCCAGGAGCUUGACUCCGGGGAACUGCCCUACUCCCUGUUCGGGCAUGCCAAUCUGCCAACGGAAAACUCUGUCCCCACGCACGACUAUGACUACGGAAACUUCAGCCUGGAGGAUCCGUACGAUGCCGAGGACUCGGAGCACGCCAUCUCCUCCCUGACACUGCUCCUGCUGGCGGUCAGCUACGGCCUAGUUGUCUUCGGCGGCGUCGUUGGAAACUCCACGUUGGUGCUGACCCUCUGCUCGGCCUCGUCGGUGCGUCUGCGCAAUCCCCUGCUGUUGGCCGUCUGCAUUGCCGACCUCCUGGUCACCGGCAUCUCAGCCCCGGUCACGCUCCUCAAUCUAGCAAUGAAUCGUCGCACACAAUCCCUGCCGCUGGUGCUUUGCAAGGUCAUACAUUACAUACAGGUCAUGCCCGUGGCGGCCAGCACCAUCUCGUUCUUCAUGCUCUCCUUGGACCGUUAUGCCACGGUAAAGCACCCUCGGUUGGCGCAGCUGCGUCAGCGUCGAUACCUGCACGUCUCGCUGGCUCUGCUCUCCUGGCUGACCUCGGCUGCCAUCAGCACACCUUUCCUGUUCGCCUACAAGAUCAUCGCCAAGUCGGUGGUGGUCCCAGGAGGUGCUGGCAGGGGUGGAAACACCACGCCGAAUCCGGUUAGCAUCAGCUGCACCUCGGACAUAGGAGCCAAUGCCAUGUUCAUGUCCUUCAUCAUCACCCACACCAUUGCCGUGUUCGUGCUGCCGGGUGUGGGCGUGCUGCUUAACCAUUAUGGAGUGCGACGCAAGCUCUGUGCUCUCUCGCUGACAGCUCGAGCAGCCCAUGGAGAGUUGCCGCUACCCAUUCCCAUCUUGCGUCGCCAGACGCAUAUGGUGAUCGUGACCGGUUGCCCCAACGCCCAGCAGGCGGCCUGUGGAGGUGCCACCACGGGGGACGAAAACUCGAAUGGAAAUGGAAAUGGCACUGGAACAGGGAAUAUCAGCCCGGGGGAUAUUCAACUGCACAACCUGCAGCCACGUCAGAAUGGGUCCCUUGGCUCGGCCCUCGAACCGGGUUCCUAUCGCUCCAGCAAUCCCAUAUCGCCCAGGGCCAUGAGGGAGAUUCGAGCCCAUUCGCAACGGCAGCGCAUCCACCGAGCGGGACGUGGACCGGCCACACCUGGAAUUCCGCUGCCGCAGACGUCCACUCUGCGCUCCCGACGGCAUCUAGCCAACAUGCUCAUCGCCUCCGCCGUGAUCUUCAUUGUUUGCUGGGCGCCGCAUGUUUUCUGCAUUUUUUACAAAAACUUGGGCUACAAGCAGCACUGCACCAAGACCUCUGUCUACUUCAGCCUGCUCCUGGGCUACUUCUAUUCGGCCAUCAGUCCGGUGAUCUACUGGGCGCUCAACCACAACUCGCUUCGACAAUCGCCCUGCGCGCCCAUCAUCCGUCUGCGGUCCAUGCAGAAUUUCCUGAGGUCGCGCUUCCGGACGCACACAGCACCGCCACCACCCUCUUCCACCAACGAGGCGGCCCUGGGGGCAUUCAACCCCAAGUUAAUUAAGCUGACACCGAAACAGUAUAGAGCUCAGGCCUCUUCGCAUUAUCUCUACUAGUGUGAUACUAAGCUAUACUUGAUAUACACA